AAAGUGAUUGUCGUAGGAGCUGGAAUAGCAGGCCCCAUUCUCGCGAUUUUCUUGAAGCUCCGAGGCUAUGAACCCGUUCUGUAUGAGAGACUAGAAGGGGUACAGCAGGCUGGACUGAGCUUGAUGUUGCAGCCGAAUGGCCUUCGGGUACUUUCGCAGAUCCCUGGCUUCGUUCAAACUAUCCCUGGCAAGGCCAUCGAGCGCAUGGUCUUCUGCUCGACCGUUGAAGAGGACCUAGGGGUACUCGGAGAAAGCUAUAUUCCCUCUCGCCUUCCAAGCGCCUAUGGACAUGGAAUGUUUGGUGUUCAGCGAAUUGCCUUCCACCGCGCGAUCGUCGAUGCCGCUGUCGCGCACGGCAUUCAGAUCCACUGGGGACACACGCUUGUAUCUCUUGAGCAGAGCGAAGAUCAUGUGAAGGUGGUAUUCGAGAAUGGGAGUGAUGACACUGGGAGCUUCGUCGUGGGCUGUGAUGGACUGCAUAGCGGUACCCGGAUCGCCUUGUUUGGGAAGGAGAAAGCUGACUUCACUGGUCUUUGUCAGACUGGUGGUCUCUCGCCCACUCCUGAGGUUCUCAAGGCGCACGCAUCCCAUACAAAUUGGUUCGGCAAUGCCGCACACAUGGUCGCCUACCCUAUCUCAGACACGCACACAUCAUGGGCUGUUACGACGCGUGAAGCGGAGUCGAAAGAAACAUGGGGCACGGUGAACAUUCAAACCGCCCAAGACUUCAUGAGGUCUCCCGUCUCUAACUGGGGACAAGGUGCUGGGGAACUAGUGAAGACAACAGAAAGAGUCAUCAAGUACGGCCUAUACGACCGUCCAGAGCUGAGAUCAUGGUUCAAGGGACGAGUUGUGCUCCUCGGGGACGCAGCGCACCCGACAAGCCCACAUCUCGGCCAAGGCGCAAACCAAGCAUUCGAAGAUGUUCAGAAGCUUAUCAGCCUCCUGGACCAACACAAUACCGAGCGAACGUCGCCAACCACCCCCACUCUUGACACGGUCUUCCGGGCCUUCGAAAGCGCGCGCAUCCCUCGUUGUGCCGCUCUCGUCAAAGGCGCCCGUCAGGAAGGUGAAGGACGGGUCGUAGAAGGCGUAGAAGCUUGUUUGAAGAGGAAUUUGGCCGUUCGAGAUGCGACAAAGGACGAUGGAGCUUUGUAUGCA